UAGAAUGCAUUUUUAUAAGUGUAGUAGUUGGGCAAAAGGGCAGAAAUAUUUUUAUGGUUCUAGAAACAUAUUUCCAAACUCCAGAAAAGCUAUAGAAUUUUCCACUUCUGUCAUGCCAGGGAUUCAGGGUAUGAUUUUGGUAACUGUUUCCAAUUUGACAGGUGAGACUGGCACUUUGUUUUAAUUUGCACUGAUUUUAUUUUUACAUCUUGGAGACAGCUAGCCUAGUGUUUUCAAAAUGUGCCUCAUCAUACGAAUUACCAUCUGAAUGAAAAUAUUCCAGAGAACAGCCUGUAUUUAAUAAGCAACAAGGCAAGUGUGGGAAGCCCUGCACUCAAAAAUAGAGAAACUGAGGACAGAGGAGAGCAGGGAGGUGCCCAAGUGAGGAUGCUGCUAAGUCCCAUCCUGGCAUCCCAGCCAGAGCUCCUCACAGCAAACCUUUCGAAGGCUGCUCCGGGCCACCUCCUCUGACUUGCACAUCUGAGAAAGCAGCUGUCUAAUGGCUUCUUUCUUUUUCUCUUUCUCAGAAAUAACAACAACAAAAGUUCAAUACCUGAAAAGUGAACCAUGAAACUCAGUAAAAAGGACCAAGGAGAAGACGAAGAAAGUGAUUCAGCGAAAAAGAAAUUGGACUGGUCCUGCUCGCUCCUCGUGGCCUCCCUCGCGGGCGCCUUCGGCUCCUCCUUCCUCUACGGCUACAGCCUGUCGGUGGUGAACGCCCCCGCCCCGCGACCCUCCCACCUUACUCUCUCAAAGCGCUGGGAUUGCAGGUGUGAGCCACGUCACCCGGCUGGAAGGAAUUCUUUACUGGGGUGGAGGCUGCCUGGGAAGGAGGAGGUGAAAUCUGAUGCAGGAGGAGACUGGCACGCCCUGGAUCAGAGCAGGGAGAGCUCACCCAGGCGCAGGAAGCACACUUUGCUGGCUAAUAAUGGGUUUGCAAUUUCUGCUGCAUUGCUGAUGGCCUGCUCACUCCAGGCAGUAGCCUUUGAAAUGCUCAUCCUGGGAUGCUUCAUCAUGGGCAUAGAUGGAGGCAUCGCCCUCAGUGUGCUCCCCAUGUACCUCAGUGAGAUCUCACCCAAGGAGAUCCGUGGCUCUCUGGGGCAGGUAACCGCCAUCUUUAUCUGAAUUGGCGUGUUCACUGAGCUGCUGGGCCUGCCCGAGCUGCUGGAAAAGGAGAGUACCUGGCUGUACCUGUUUGGAGUGAUUGUGGUCCCUGCCGUUGUCCAGCUGCUGAGCCUGCCCUUUCUCCAGGAGAGCCUACGCUACCUGCUCUUGGAGAAGCACAACGAGGCGAGAGCUGUGAAAGCCUUCCAGACGUUUUUGGGUAAGGCAGAUGUUUCCCGAGAGGUAGAGAAGGUCCUGGCUGAGAGCCGGAACAUCUGCCUGGUGUCUGUGCUGGAGCUGCUGAGAGCUCGCUACGUCCGCUGGCAGGUGGUCACCGUGAUUGUCACCAUGGCCUGCUACCAGCUCUGUGGCCUCAACACGAUUUGGUUCUAUACCAACAUCAUCUUUGGAAAAGCUGGGAUCCCCCCGGCAAAGAUCCUGUAUGUCACCCUGAGUACAGGAGGCAUCGAGACUUUGGCUGCCAUCUUCUCUGGCUUGGUCAUUGAGCACCUGGGACGGAGACCCCUCCUCACUGGUGACUUUGGGCUAAUGGCCCUCUUCUUUGGGACCCUCACCAUCAUGCUGACCCUGCAGGACCGUGCCCCCUGGGUCCCCUACCUGAGUAUCGUGGGCGUUCUGGCCAUCAUCGCCUCUUUCUGCAGUGGGCCAGGUGGCAUCCCGUUCAUCUUGACUGAUGAGUACUUCCAGCAAUCUCAGCAGCCAGCUACCUUCAUCAUCGCAGGCACCGUCAACUGGCUCUCCAACUUUGCUGUUGGGCUCCUCUUCCCAUUCAUUCAGAAAAGUCUGAACACCUACUGUUUCCUAGUCUUUGCUACAAUUUGUAUCACAGGUGCUACCUACCUAUAUUUUGUGCUGCCUGAGACCAAAAACAGAACCCAGGCAGAAAUCAGUCAGGCAUUUUCCAAAAGGAACAAAGCAUACCCACCAGAAGAGAAAAUUGACUCAGCUGUCACUGAUGAUAAGACAAACGGAAGGCCUGAACAAGUUUCCUCUUCCACGUUGGACAAUUAUGUCAAAAACAGGAUUGUCUAAAUGGAUAAUCUCACUUUUCAGGAAACUUAAAAUUUACCCAUUAUUGGGAGGCUUAAAUGAAUUGAAGCUGUGCAAGUCUUUUAUAUUAUUAAGUAUUUAAAAGUAAACCUGUGCUAAUCUAACAUUGCAGCUAUGUUAGCAUUAUUCACAACUGAAUCUCCCAAACUCUUCUGGAAGCUGCAAGGAAUCAUUCUAUGUUUCACUAGACCCAACGUUCUUCCAUACAGGUUGAUGACCUGCCUUCUUCAUGACUCAACCCAUGAUUUCAAAACGAAAUUGGGGAAAUAGUAUGUUAAUGCUUUAUCAAAGAAAGACAAUUUGGUCUGAUAGGGGACUCAACAGAUUAGAAAUCACAGACUGAGGUUCUAGUCCCAGCUUUACCACAAGCAGCCUUGAUCUGCCCUCAACCUGGGUCCCAGUGCAUCAAUGACCCUAGGCUUCCAUCCCCAGUAUAGGCUUUCAGAAGUCAGUGGAAAGAUUAUUCAUCGUGCCUAAGAAAUGCCUGUUUCCAAUAUUUGACCUUGUGGAUCUCAGGCUUUGGAGAGCCUAAUACCAACCCCCCAGCCUGCAGAUUUUGUCUUUCCCAAACUGUGUUCCAGGAAUGGGCUCAAGACUUCAGGGCUGACGCUGUCCUCGCCCCAGACUAUUAGAGUCCUGUGUGCUCACAGAGAACUUGAAGAAGAGCUAUGUGCAGAAGACUUAACUUUCUAGAAACUGCAACAGGGACUGCAAAUUGACCUCUAUCCAAAUGAAAAACAAUGUUGAGGAUGAUUCUAAAGCUAAACCUAGGCUUGGUGGGAAAAAAAAACCAAAAAACAUUGUGAUUAAUUGGUGAUCUCUGCCACAAGUGUGGGGCUCAGAGUGUCAGCACAUGUACUUCAUGUUUACCAAGUCUAGAAGAGAUUUCUCUGAAAAGGAAAUGAACUGUCUUGAAAAAUGAGGAGUUCACCAUCACUCAAAGUGCUCAAGGGAAGACUGGGUGAUUACUCAUCUUGACUGUUGCUAAGAAAAUCUGUGUCAACUUUGGAGAAAGGUGUUUGGAACAGACAUGUUGAAGGGCUCUUCUAACUCUUACAUGCUAGGGUUGUUUGGUAAGAGCCACUUGCAGCCUGUCAUCGUAAUGUGUGGCUUGUGUUUUGGGUGAUUUCCUAUACUUGCUUCUAAAAUGAAACAAAGUGUCCUAAAGUAAAGUGCACUUGAAUUAGCACCA